UGUGAUUCUGUGCUUAUUCUGCUCCUAGCAACUGGUUGAAUGGGAAUGGUUGGAAGAUAACCUGAAGCCCCUGCAGCCGGCACAGCAAGGUUGUGUAGGUUGGGGAGAGCUGAGCUUUAGAAUGGAUUUCUGAGUUGAUUUUCUGCUAUGUCAUCUUUUCUCUCAAAUUUUGGAGCUGAAAGUGAGAGUACAGCUGUCCAGGAAGACGGAGGAAAUGGAGGAGGAUGCUUGCGGGCUCCUGGCUCCUUGAGAGAAGAGUCGCUAAGCUGCGAGGCUUUCACCUGAAAUGAUUCCAUGGCAAUUCUGUCUUCUGUCCUGUGAGAAUGAAGUGAUACCUGUUUAGGAACAUCACUUGCAACGGGCUAUCUCAGCACAACAAGUUUUCAGAGAAAAGAAAGAGAGCAUGGUUAUCCCAGUUCCUGAAGCAGAGAGCAAUGUGAACUAUUACAAUCGUUUGUAUAAAGGAGAAUUUAAGCAACCAAAGCAGUUCAUUCACAUUCAACCCUUUAAUCUGGACAAUGAACAGCCAGAUUAUGAUAUGGACUCUGAGGAUGAAACCUUAUUGAACAGACUAAAUCGGAAGAUGGAAAUCAAGCCACUGCAGUUUGAAAUAAUGAUUGACAGACUUGAAAAAGCCAGUUCUAGUCAGCUCGUUACACUUCAGGAAGCUAAAUUGCUGCUAAAUGAGGAUGACUACCUUAUUAAGGCUGUAUAUGACUACUGGGUAAGAAAGCGUAAGAAUUGCAGAGGGCCAUCCCUCAUCCCCCAAAUCAAACAGGAAAAGAGGGAUGGCUCCACCAACAACGACCCUUAUGUUGCCUUUCGGAGGAGGACUGAGAAGAUGCAGACAAGAAAGAAUCGAAAGAACGAUGAAGCAUCUUAUGAGAAGAUGCUGAAAUUAAGAAGAGAGUUUAGCAGAGCCAUAACAAUUUUGGAGAUGAUUAAGAGGAGAGAGAAGACAAAACGCGAGUUAUUGCAUUUAACGUUGGAAGUUGUAGAGAAAAGAUACCAUUUGGGUGAUUAUGGAGGUGAAAUUCUCAAUGAAGUGAAGCUUAACAGACCUGAAAAGGAAAUGAGCACAACUGCAUCCACUCUUCAUAAUGGAAAUCAUCACAAAGUUCAAGAAUGUAAAAUUAAGCAUCCUCAUCAUUCAUCUCUAAAGGAAGAGAUAUCAGAUGUUGUACGUCAGAAGAAGAAAUAUCUGAAGAAACCGAAAAUGGAGUGUGUGGUAACUGCUCAACAGCCCUCUGCUGAGCCCUUGCCUGUUAUCAACAAGAGUGAUAUCAAGCAGUAUGACUUCCACAGCUCAGAUGAGGAUGAGUUCCCACAGGUACCCUCACCAGUAUCAGAAGCAGAAGAGGAAAAUGAUCCUGAUGGACCUUGUGCCUUCAGGAGAAGAGCAGGAUGCCAGUAUUAUGCUCCUCGUUUGGACCAAACUAAUUCUUCAUAUGAAAAUUCAGAAUUGGACAAACUGAGGUUCAGGCAUUGCCUUACAACCCUUACAAUUCCAAGAAGAUGUAUAGGAUUUGCAAGAAGACGAGUUGGCAGGGGUGGAAGGGUUAUAAUGGACCGAAUAUCCACAGAACAUGAUCCUGUCUUGAGACAGAUUGACCCGGAAAUGCUGAAUAGUUUUUCAAGCUCUUCCCAGACUUUAGACUUUUCUUCUAAUUUUUCACGGACCAAUGCUUCCAAUAAACGUUGUGAAAACAGACUGUCCCUUUCUGAAAUACUAAGCAAUAUCAGAUCAUGUCGACUGCAGUGUUUUCAGCCAAGGCUACUAAAUCUACAGGACAGCGAUAGUGAAGAAUGUACCUCAAGGAAACCAGGGCAGACUGUGAAUAAUAAAAGAGUUUCUGCAGCAUCUGUAGCUUUAUUGAACACCAGCAAGAACGGCAUAUCAGUAACAGGGGGUAUCACAGAAGAACAGUUUCAGACACAUCAACAGCAGUUAGUUCAAAUGCAGAGGCAACAACUUGCCCAGCUUCAACAGAAACAACAAUCUCAGCAUUCCUCGCAACAGACACAUCCAAAAGCACAGGGCUCCAGCACCUCUGACUGCAUGUCAAAAACACUUGAUUCAGCCAGUGCCCACUUUGCUGCAUCCGCAGUGGUCAGUGCACCUGCUCCUGGUCGCAGUGAGGCAACGAAGGAACAAACCCCCAGCCACAACAACAUUAAUGGUGUUGUCCAGCCUUCAGGAACCUCUAGAACGUUGUACUCCACCAACAUGGCUUUAUCAUCCAGCCCAGGGAUUUCAGCUGUACAGCUUGUAAGGACAGUUGGCCACACCACCACAAACCACUUAAUUCCAGCGUUGUGCACGAGCAGCCCUCAAACACUUCCCAUGAACAAUUCUUGCCUGACUAAUGCAGUGCACCUCAACAAUGUCAGUGUUGUUUCUCCAGUCAAUGUGCAUAUUAAUACAAGGACUUCAGCACCAUCGCCAACAGCCUUAAAACUUGCCACAGUUGCUGCCAGUAUGGACAGAGUGCCAAAGGUAACUCCUAGCAGUGCCAUCAGCAGUAUAGCAAGAGAGAACCAUGAACCAGAACGGCUGGGUUUAAAUGGCAUAGCAGAGACAACAGUAGCAAUGGAAGUGACAUAACCUCAAAUCAGUGUCUCAACCUGUGCUAAAGGUGUAGUCAUUUAUAUUCCAACUGAAUGCAAAACACAGCACUCUGUGGAUCACAGAGAACUAAAAUGGACCUAAAUGGACUAUCCUUAUAUCGUGUAUUAAGUCGAUAUAUAAUGUAAAUUUUGUAAAAUUGGGAAAAUCACUACCUUGUAAAAUAGUUUAUUUGUAUCAUCAAUAUUAUUUCUGUUACUUGAAUAGUAGAUAUUCAUCAUCAUGCUUUUGCACUUGAAUUUGCAACUGAAUGGAUUAAAAAAUAAUUCUUUAAUGGGAUCAUGAGCAUGAAAUGGGAUCCUGCAUCACUUGUUUUAACUAUUUAUUUUGCCAUGUUUACAUUUUGUAUCUUGUACAAAUAAAUCCAACUUUGUGUCUAAAAAAAAAAAAGUUAAAGAUUCAUAGCUAGGAGACAAAAUUCUUGUAAUUUUUUUCUAAAGGAAAUGUAAAGUUUUCACUUGGUUCAUUUUGUUUCACAAUUUGACUAGAUGGACUUUUUGGUAAAUACUUUAGUGGCAUUUCACUGUCAAAUAUGAAGUUCAAGGCAAAAUAGUAUUUUCUAUUACUGUGCAGGGGAAAGGGAUGGAUCGAUACAUGCAAAUUUAAUGUAGUAACUCACUUUUCCAUAUAUUUUGAAUGUAUAUUUCUAUUUAUAAUACCAGUUUAUAAAAAAUAAUUACACAGGAAAGAAAAAAAACCUGACUAGGAAAAUUAUGCAUCUAGCACAUGUAAAAUUGUGCAGAUAAGAGAAAAUUUUCAACCAAUUACAUUUUAUCCGAAGACUGCAUAUUUUAACCGGCUUUAAAACUGUAACACACCACGUAAAGGAUAUUUUACCAGGUAUGUAUUGCAUUAUAUAUCAUUGCAAUAAUUAUUGGAUGUCUAGAUAUCGAGCCAUCCCAGGUGGUGGGGGGGGAGGGAGGGUUGUGGCAAGAUCGUCUUUUCAAUUUUGGAGAGUUUUCCUGUGGCUACAAGGCAAGUAACGGGUUGGAAAAAGUCUGACUGUAAGCGUUGGACACCUUCGUAGUGUAGUGUUUUAGUGACUUUUUUUAUACGGUUCUUGUAAAUUAGAUACGUGUAGUGGUGUUUCAGAAUGUUUGUUUAUGCACUAGUUCAGACAACUUUCCCUGUUACUUGUUCUUGAUAAGUGAAAACUGCAGGGAAAUAAAAAUACAUAUCAAAACAUGGA